UUUGGUGUUUUAUUUUGAAGAUUCACACCGGAAAUCGCUAUGUUUAGCCUGCGUUAGCUCGACCGACGAGCAGAUGGAUUCCUGCUCUGCCUCCUUCAACACACUCCACACAUUUUAAAUUGUAUCACACACACACACACACACACACAGUUUUUAGCUCUCUCUCUAACUGCCCUCCUGGCGUGAACACACAGGGGAACCAUCCGGAGGAGGCUCGGUUCGGUUCGGCUGCUGCUGCUGUGGGAACCGGGACCGAAGACGUUUAAAAAGAAAACCCAACUGAAAGGUCCCGAGGUGAGUGCGCGUCCAUCAUGCCGCUGUUUGGUAAAUCCCACAAGAGUCCGGCGGACAUCGUCAGGACCUUGAAGGAGAACCUGGCCAUCCUCGUCAAGCAGGACAAGAAGACAGACAAGGCGUCUGAGGAGGUGUCCAAGUGUUUGGUGUCCAUGAAGGAGAUUCUGUACGGCAGCAACGAUAAGGAGCCUCACACGGAGACGGUGGCCCAGCUGGCCCAGGAACUGUACAACAGCGGCCUGCUGAUGUCGCUGGUAGAAAACCUGCAGGUCAUCGACUUCGAGGGGAAGAAAGAUGUGUGUCAGAUCUUCAACAACAUCCUGAGGAGGCAGAUCGGGACGAGGAGCCCCACCGUCGAAUAUUUCUGUUCCCACCAAGAGGUCCUGUUCAUCCUGCUGAAAGGGUACGAGACGCCUCAGGUAGCGCUGAACUGCGGGAUCAUGCUGAGGGAGUGCAUCCGCCACGAGCCGCUCGCCAAGAUAGUUCUCCAUUCGGAACAUUUCAACAGUUUCUUCAACUACGUGGAGAUGUCCACCUUCGACAUCGCCUCGGACGCCUUCGCCACCUUCAAGGAUCUCCUGACAAGACACAAAGUGCUCGUGGCCGAGUUCCUCGAACAGAACUACGAUGCUGUGUUUGCAGACUACGAGAAGCUGCUGCACUCUGAGAACUACGUCACCAAGCGGCAGUCUCUAAAGCUUCUGGGCGAGCUCCUGUUGGACAGACAUAACUUCACGGUGAUGACGCGCUACAUCAGCAAGCCCGAGAAUCUCAAGCUGAUGAUGAAUCUGCUGAGAGACAAGAGUCCCAACAUCCAGUUUGAGGCCUUCCAUGUCUUCAAGGUUUUCGUAGCGAACCCCAACAAGACGCAGCCCAUCAUCGACAUCCUGCUCAAGAACCAGACCAAACUAAUCGACUUCUUGAGCAACUUCCAGAAGGAUCGCACAGACGACGAGCAGUUCAACGACGAGAAGACCUACCUAAUCAAACAGAUCCGGGAUCUGAAGAAACCGGCCUCCUAGAGGAGCGUCACCCCCUUUCCACCCCCUCUGGCCUCUACCCCAACUUUUUAUCAAUAGGAAGACGUACAGUAGAAAAAAAACACAUUAACAAUAAUGGGUAUUUAAAAAAAACAACAAAAAAACAAAUCUUCAAAACGUUAUUUGUCUUUUUUCUCUUUGUUGGUUCGUUUAAAAGUUGUGCAGACGUAGUUCUCAAUCACUGAUCUUUCUUUUGUAAAUUUUAUUUUCAUGUGUAGCAUUUAGUGCCACAGCUCGCGGUGUCGGAGGAGGCAGCUGAUUUGCUCUGUCGGGAGAACCAGCAAUUAAAAAAAAAAAAAAAAAGGCGCUUUUGUUCAGUCGCUUGAGUUCAUUUGUAACGGUUGAAAUGAAGUAGCUGCAAAUCAAAAAUAAAAUAAAUCAAGCAAGAGUCAACGCGAUCAGGAUCAGGACGGACGUCGUCAGAGUGAAACGUUCUCAGUCACUGCUCAAAGCCAAACUUCUCUUUCGCCAAAGCUAGCUUCGUCAGACUCGAGUACAAUCCCAAAAUGCCAACGUAGCAUCGUCGUCUUCCUUGCUAUUCCUCAAAAGCUGAUGCAAUAUGUAAUACGGUAAUGUAAGACUUUAGCUUUGCUAAUUCAAACGAGUAGUUCUCCGAAGUUGAGAAAAACCCACAAAGAUUCGGCGCCCGUCUGCGAAAUGUUUGGCGUCGGAAUCUCCAGUCAGCUCGAGUACGACCGAGAAUCGAGUGAAUCGGUUUGUUGACCAAAAAAAAUUGCCAACAAUAAUCGUACCUGUAGGAAUCUCUAGACUUUGAAAUGAAGGGCGUUUUUUUUUUAUGUUUUAUUUUAUCGUGUCGUGACAUCAUCGGGCUGCUAUCGGUACAGUAAGCUCCAAUCAUUUUGAUCACUGGUUCUCGUCGCUGGUGGCUGAUAGCACUUUCUGUUAAAUGAUGAUUCAAAUGUAUUAUUUUAAUUUCUUUUGUUACUCUUUAAGCUGAUCACUGUUUCCACACUGCUCGAUGGUAUUUUUUUUUUUUAUUACAUAUAUAGUUUCUUGUCAUGUACAGUUUGUGGUUUGCACACCUGAAGCGAGUGAGACUUGAACAGGAGGCACUUUGCUGUUUUUGUUUUACUCCUUUUUCUGUCUGUGCUGUUUUAUUGAGAGGUGCCUUUUUGGUUUGGUGUGUUUUCCUUCUUUAUUCUCUCUGAUUGUUUUUUUUUUGUACUUUCAGUAUCUUUCUUAGGGGGAGCUUAAUUAUUAUGUUAAUGAAAAUAUGUUCUGAUUGGACAUAUUUGUUAUGAUUAAGCAGUGAACCUCUUAACUCGCUAUAUUUGAGUUACGCUGUCGAGAGAAACAUUUUUGCAAAAACGUUUUUGCAGCUGAUUCAAAGUUCAAACUCAUCCGGAAACUUGUCGCAGAGUGAGGCCAAAGUUGACCCGUAACAGGAUUCGACGGACAAAUGUAACUGUGAAAAAAUCCAAAUGUAGUUAAAGGACCAAGAAAUGUGCAAAAUCAGUGAAGUUAACACCUUUAAAGUGGUUUUGGUUUUUAUAUUUCACUUGGAAGUAAUAAAAGAAAUAUUCAGUUUUCUUAAAAUUAACAAAUUUAACUUGAUGUGCAUCCAUUCGGUUACUUUUUAUCUUUAAUGGAGUCAUGAUGAUCUUUAAUUUGAACCGUUUCGAACUAAAUUUAAAGACUAAUGGUCAAAUAAAAACAGGAAUAAAAAGGCAGCAGCGGAGCGCUGACACUAACAAUCGUGAACUGAUUUCUUUUCAUCAGGUGUAAAAGAAGAAAAAA